ACACUCUCUGCUAUCGAGACCGGAGCUCAGACAGAGACACCUACUUCCUUCUCCGCCACCUCCAAUGGCUCCAAAACGGAUCACGAGUCCAGUACCGGACACAUGGUAUCCAUCCCUAGCAGUGACCAUGCUCGCGAUCGGCCUCGUGGUCACCGCUUCCUUCUUCAUCUAUGAAGCAACCUCAUCUAGGCGAAACCGCAGUCUUGCCAAGGAGCUUGUAACAGGAGCAUUGGCAUCUUUCUUUCUGGGUUUUGGGUCCUUGUUCCUGCUACUUGCUUCUGGCGUUUAUGUGUAGGGUUAUUUAGAACCAAUUAAAGUUUAUGUUAAGCAAGAUCAUUGUUACUUAAUAGAAUUUCUUUUUCUUGGUUAAGAGCUGUGGACUUGAACUGUUACAACUACAAUCUUUUUGAGUCGUUUCUAAC